CCUGCAGGUGGCUGUUCUCGGCUCCCUGCCAUUCAGGCAGCUCGAAAGCCACUCUGUUUUGGGGGCCUCGCGCCCCUUCCACGUCUCCCGGAAGCGGUAGCAGGGCCCGGGCAGGUAGGGUAGGUUUACUUAGUUUGGGCCCCUUCUGGGCCCGCUAUUGAGGGGGCGCGGCCCAGGACGGCGAUUAAGCCGUGGGUACAGCUUCUCCGGAGUCCUCAGGUUUGUCAAUAGGAUUAUUCUGCUGCCAUCAUGUCUUGGUUUGUUGAUCUUGCUGGAAAGGCAGAAGAUCUUUUAAACCGAGUCGAUCAAGGAGCCGCAACAGCUCUUAGUAGGAAGGACAAUACCAGCAACAUCAUACAUAGCAAAAAUACUGAUUAUACUGAACUUCACCAGCAAAAUACAGAUUUGACAUAUGAGACUGGACCCAAAGCUACCUACAUUUCAUCAGCAGCUGAUAACAUUCGAAAUCAAAAAGCCACCAUCUUAGCUGGCACUGCAAAUGUGAAAGUUGGAUCUCGGACACCAGUGGAGGCCUCUCACCCUGUUGAAAAUGCAUCCGUUCCUAGGCCUUCAUCCCAGUUUGUGCGAAGAAAAAAGUCAGAACCUGAUGAUGAGCUGCUGUUUGAUUUUCUUAAUAGUUCACAGAAGGAGCCUACCGGGAGGGUGGAAAUCAAAAAGGAAAAAGGCAAGACACCUGUCUUUCAGAGUUCUCGGACAUCAAGUGUCAGUUCUGUGAACCCCAGUGUAACCACCAUCAAAACCGCUGAAGAAAAUUCUUUUGGGAGCCAAACCCACGCAGAAGCUGCCAAUAACUCAGAUUCUAGCCAUGAAGGUCAAGAGGAACCUUCAAAGGAAAAUGCAUCAUCAAAUGCUACCUGCACUGAGCACACCCCAGCACCUAAUGAUGAUGGUGGCAAAUCACAUGAACUAUCUAACCUUCGACUGGAGAAUCAGCUGCUGAGGAAUGAAGUUCAGUCUUUAAAUCAGGAAAUGGCCUUGUUACUUCAAAGAUCCAAAGAAACUCAAGAAGAAUUAAACAAAGCAAGAGCAAGAGUUGAAAAGUGGAAUGCCGACCAUUCAAAGAGUGAUCGAAUAACUCGAGAACUUCGAGCCCAAGUCGAUGACCUGACUGAAGCUGUGGCUGCAAAGGAUUCCCAGCUGGCUGUACUGAAAGUGAGACUCCAGGAAGCUGACCAGCUGCUGAGUACUCGCACAGAAGCAUUAGAAGCCUUACAGAGUGAAAAAUCACGAAUAAUACAGGAUCAGAGUGAAGGUAAUAGCCUGCAGAAUCAAGCUCUGCAAACUCUUCAGGAAAGACUGCAUGAAGCUGAUGCCACUCUGAAGAGAGAGCAGGAGAGUUAUAAACAGAUGCAGAGUGAGUUUGCUGCACGCCUUAAUAAAGUGGAAGUGGAACGUCAGAAUUUAGCAGAAGCAAUUACUCUGGCAGAAAGAAAAUAUUCAGAUGAGAAGAAGAGAGUUGAAGAACUGCAGCAGCAAGUCAAGCUAUAUAAGUUGAACUUGGAGUCUUCUAAGCAGGAAUUAAUUGACUACAAGCAAAAAGCUACUAGAAUACUCCAAUCUAAGGAAAAAUUGAUUAACAGCUUGAAGGAAGGCUCUGGUUUUGAAGGCCUAGAUAGCAGCACUGCCAAUAACAUGGAGCUGGAAGAACUUCGGCAUGAGAAAGAGAUGCAGAGGGAGGAAAUACAGAAGCUGAUGGGUCAGAUACAUCAGCUCAGAUCCGAAUUACAGGAUAUGGAGGCACAGCAAGUUAAUGAAGCAGAGUCAGCAAGAGAACAGUUACGGGAACUGCAUGACCAAAUAGCUGGGCAGAAAGCAUCUAAACAAGAACUAGAGACAGAACUGGAGCGACUGAAGCAGGAGUUCCACUAUAUAGAAGAAGAUCUUUAUCGAACAAAGAAUACAUUGCAAAGCAGAAUUAAAGAUCGAGAAGAAGAAAUUCAAAAACUCAGGAAUCAGCUUACCAAUAAAGCUUUAAGCAAUAGCAGUCAGUCUGAGUUAGAAAAUCGACUUCAUCAGCUAACAGAGACUCUCAUCCAGAAGCAGACCAUGCUGGAGAGCCUCAGCACAGAAAAGAACUCGCUAGUCUUUCAACUGGAGCGCCUUGAGCAGCAGAUGAACUCUGCCUCUGGAAGUAGUAGUAAUGGAUCUUCGAUCAAUAUGUCUGGAAUUGACAAUGGUGAAGGCACUCGUCUGCGAAAUGUUCCUGUUCUUUUUAAUGACACAGAAACUAAUCUGGCAGGAAUGUACGGAAAAGUUCGCAAAGCUGCUAGUUCAAUUGAUCAGUUUAGUAUUCGUCUGGGAAUUUUCCUCCGAAGAUACCCCGUAGCACGAGUUUUUGUAAUUAUAUACAUGGCUUUGCUUCACCUCUGGGUCAUGAUUGUUCUAUUGACUUAUACACCAGAAAUGCACCACGACCAACCGUACGGCAAAUGAACCAAGCCUGUUGUUGCAGUGAUUGGUUAUCUUUUUCUAGACUUGGGAUCUGCGAGAAGGCCAAUUGCCUAACAUUUCUGAGAACAGUGCACAGGAUUACUUUAUCACUACAGCUUUUAACUUUUUAAGUUAUUAUACAACUGUUCUGCUACCUAAAUCUUCCUAUUUCCUUUAAAUGGUAAGAGUUCCCAAAACAGUAAUUUCACAAGCUCAGCUCUGCUUUUCCUGAGUUCAGUGGUCCUAAUAUAUAUGUAGAGAAAGAUGCUGGAUUGUUCACCCCUGUACAGACCAUCUGUAUAUUAGGUGACAUUGAUUAUGGAUUAUAAUCAGGGAAAUUAAUUGUAUUUAGUGACAAAAAUAAAACGUUUUCUUUUUUGAUAAUUCAGUCUGCUUUUGGAUUUUCAUAUAUUUAACUUUGCAAAGAAGAUUUGCUUUGUACAUGUUAUAGGCCUGAUUGAUGUAAAUCUUUUUAUAAGUACCUAAAUAAAAGAAAAAUGUGCAUU